UUCUGCACACUUGUGCUUGAAUUCCUCAAUUCUCGUUCCUUUGCUCAGAAGGUCUCUUUCCAUUAUGGCAACAUCACCAUAUCACAUCUCUUCACUACUGGACAAGAUGAGCUCAGUUGAUAAGGACUUUCGUUUCAUGGCGACGAAUGAUUUAAUGACCGAGUUACAGCGUGACUCCAUUAAACUUGACGAUGACAGCGAGAGGAAGGUGGUGCAGGCUAUACUCCGUCUUGUUGAAGAUAAAAAUGGAGAAGUACAGAACCUGGCCGUUAGAUGUCUUGGCCCUUUAGUUUGUAAGAUUAAGGACGGUCAAGUUGAAGUUAUUGUCAACCAGUUGUGUGGUAACAUGUUCUCCGAUGACGAGAGACUGAGGGACAUAUCUAGCGUUGGUUUAAAGACGGUUAUAUCCCAGUUGCCAUUUGUUUCCUCUAAUGUCUCUAGUUCUGUAUGUAAAAAUAUAACAAAUAAAUUAGUCAACUCCAUUGACAAACCAUCAUUGAAUCAGUAUGUACUAUUAGAGGGUUUGGAUAUUUUGGGUGAUCUGAUACAUCGCUAUGGUGUACUCCUCACCUCUUACCACCAGCAGCUCCAGGAGUCACUGAUGCCACUCCUAAUGGACCCCAGACCUGUCUCCGUUAGGAAAAGAGCCUACAUGGCAUUAUGUUUUUUGUCGUCGUGUUGUUCACAGGACCUCUACGAUUCAAUUAUGACUCUGUUACUGAAUAAUCUAAAAACUGAUGGAUCCUCUUUAAUCAACACUAGAACUUUCAUUCAGUGUAUCGGAGCCAUUAGUCGUCAGUCUGGUCAGAGGGUUAUACCAUAUUUGGAUGUUAUCGUUCCUGUUUUAAUGAAUUUUGUGAAAUCGGAAGAUGACGAACUUAAAGAAUCCUGUCUACAGACAUUUGAAGUGCUAGUGUGUUUCAGAGAAAUCUCACCAAAUUUAAAUGAUGUAAUUAAAGUUUGCCUCCAGCUGUUGGCUCAUGAUCCAAACUAUAAUUAUGAGAGCGAUGACGAGACUGAGGAAGAAGCAAUGGAAACUGAUGAAUUUGAUGAGGAUGAUGAUAGCUACAGCGAUGAUGAUGACAUUAGCUGGAAGGUUAGGAGGGCCUCUGCUAAGACUCUAGCUGCCAUACACACGGCCAGACCUGAUCUCAUCGUUGAGUUCUAUACCACAAUAUCCCCCGCUCUUAUCGGAAGGUUCAAAGAACGUGAAGAGAAUGUGAGGUGUGACAUAUUCCUAGCGUAUCGAGCUUUAUUGAAUAUCAAUAAACCAAUUAAUAGCAAUAAUAGUAGUAUUAGUAGCAGUGACGUGAUGGAGACGUCAGAAACAAACCCUCUGUCGUUAUUACAGACUCAGGUUCCAUUGAUAGUUAAGUCACUUCACAAGCAGUUGAAGGAUAAAAGCAUCAAAGCAAGACAAGGUUGUUUUGCUCUGCUAACUGAUCUAGUUACUGUCCUUCCUGGUGCACUUGAGAAAGAAGUCGGCCAUCUUGUCCCUGGUAUUGUCUACUGUCUCAAUGAUACUGGCUCGUCUUCAAACAUGAGGAUCGAUACAUUGAUGUUCCUUAAUGUGCUACUAACUAAUCAUUCUCCAUCUUCUCUUUAUCAAUUUAUCGAUACCAUUAUACCAGCUGUUAUUCGUGCUGUUAAUGACAGCUUUUAUAAGAUAACAUCAGAAGCUUUACUGGUCCUGCAACUAAUUGUAAAGAUCAUUCGUCCAUUAGAUGAUGAUUCUUCAUUCAAUUACGGUUCCUUUGCCGAAGAUAUUUACGAGUGUGCAAUGAAGAGGCUUUCAGCUGCAGACAUUGACCAAGAGGUCAAAGAAAGAGCCAUCACUGCCAUGGGCCAGAUACUGGCUAACCUCGGAGACUGCUUGGAGUCAAAACUAUCACAGUGUCUGCCAGUUUAUGUGAAUCGACUCAACAACGAAAUAACAAGAUUAACUACUGUCAGAGCUUUAACCGUAAUAUCAAGGUCGCCUUUAAAACUUGAUAUCACCAUGAUUCUGGCUGAUACUGUCCCUUUGUUGGCAACUUUCCUUCGUAAGAAUCACAGAGAUCUGAAGCUAGCAACACUUGCCUGUCUCACACAAUUAAUGAACUCCUACGCUAUAUCAAGGGACCUAAUUAAGCAGAUAUUAGAGGAGCUUCCCCCAUUGAUUAGUGAUAAUGAUCUCCAUAUAGCACAACACGUCAUAUCAUUGAUAUGCACAAUAAUGAACAUCAGCCCUUCAUCCAUGGAUGGAAUAAAAGUCUCAAUUCUUCCUAAUAUCAUGACAAUGCUGCUGUCUUCGUUGCUUCAAGGUAAUCCUUUGAACACUGUCGCUAAUUUCUUCUCUCAGCUUGUCCUCCUUGAUAUCGCUGGUCUCCGAUUUAAAGAUAUUUUUGAAAUGUUAGUAUCACAUGUACAAGGACUCCAGUCCGGAGCGACUGCUCCUCCAACUCUGCACAAACAGGCGUAUCAAAGUCUCUCGAGAUGCAUUGCAGUCAUAAGUGUUGCUAUUCCUGACAACAUACAAAGCGUUGUCACUAAAUUCAUGACUGAUGUUCAAUCUCCCGAGGCUAGCGAACCUUCAAAAUUAUUAGCUUUAUUUUCAAUAGGGGAGAUAGGGAAACAAUGUGAUCUCAGCUCCAUUUCAUCUCUUCAUAUUGUGGUCAUUGAUGUUUUUGGUUCGCCAAGCGAGGAGCUAAGAUCAGCUGCCUCGUACUCGCUAGGCUGCAUCAGUUCCGGUAAUCUUGGGGAGUACCUCCCAUUUAUAUUGACGGAGAUACAGUCGAGUCCCAAGAGACAGUAUUUGUUGUUACAUUCAUUGAAAGAGAUUAUUAGCAAUGCUGUCUAUGACAAGCUUAAGCAGCAUGUUGUACAUAUAUGGGAUGUUUUGUUCCAUCAUUUCCAAAGUACAGAGGAGGGUACUAGGAAUGUUGUUGCCGAAUGCGUCGGAAAACUGACACUAGUCGAUCCACAGACUCUCCUGCCUAAACUAAAAGAAAAUUUAGCCUCCGAAUCAGCUCAUGUGAGAGGCACAGUCAUAACAGCUUUCAAGUACACGAUAUCUGACCAGCCUCACCCAAUCGACUCACAGCUGCAAGAUUGCAUCGAAGAGUUUAUGAAAUCAAUCAGUGACAGUGAUCUGAAUGUAAGACGUAUGUCACUAGUUGCCUUUAAUUCAGCUGCUCAUAAUAAGCCGUCGCUGAUUGCUGAUCUGUUAGACACUAUACUACCUAACCUAUACAAUGAAACUAAAGUUAAAAAAGAGCUGAUCAGACAAGUUGAAAUGGGUCCAUUCAAACACACUGUUGAUGAUGGUCUUGAUCUUCGCAAGGCAGCAUUUGAGUGUAUGUACACGCUCCUGGAGACCUGUCUGACUCGUAUUGACGUCUUUGAGUUUAUUAAUCACGUUGAGGAUGGGCUGCGUGAUCAUUAUGAUAUUAAGAUGUUAACUUUUCUGUUGCUCGUUCGUCUCUCGUAUUUAAGACCAACUACAGUUUUACAACGUAUUGAGAAGCUGUUGGAGCCGUUACGUGCUACAGUACAGUCUCGUGUUAAAGCCAACUCCGUCAAACAAGAGUUUGAGAAGCAAGAGGAGAUGAAGAGAUCGGCCAUUAGAUGUGUUAUAGCACUCCUGGCUAUACCAGACGCUGAUAAGAAUUCUCAGUUGAUGGAGUUCGUCCAGCAAAUAAAAUCAAAUGCUGACACUGCCGCUUUAUACGAGUCUGUACGACAGGACUCCACCCUAGCGGCCACGCCUACUAGACAUGAAUCGAUGGACCUUAGCUAAUUAAUAAUUUUGACAUUCUUUGACAUUUUAGUGUGCAUGUUACUAGUAUUAAUACUGUGUUGUGAUUUUUGUGUUUCUCUUUAAUAAUGAUUAUUAAUUAUUA